UUGCUUUCGAAACAUUGUUUUCCUUUCUCUCCCGAUAAUUUGCAACGAUGCAGUGGUCAAUGUCAAUGAUUGGUACAUCCGGCGACUGAGAAGAAGCCGCGCAACGAUAAAUGUAGCGAGUCUAAAUUGGGAUGAGAAAAUCGAUGUGAGGCAUUUGAUGGUGGGAAAGGCUGGGAGUCUGGUGGAAAAGGAAUCCGAAUCAUCCGAUAAGCGGAGUUUUAAAAUCACGUGUAUUCCAAACGCGGAACGAUGGAUCGGGACAGAGAUCUUCUUUUGAUCCAGCAAGGAAUUGUAUGCGUGAUCGAAUCCGCAAAUCUGUUUCUGCCCAAAUCUGUCGAGUACAAAAUGGCCCAUCCGCCAAGUCGCGUGGCGCACGCUGUCCCCCUUCAAUUUAAACCACGCCCAUAUCCUUAACACCAUGUUCGAUUUUGCCCGCACCAUGCUUGCCUCCUCCCCCAACGAGCUCGCCGUCCUUGACGACGUCAACAGCAAAUCCCGCCUAUAUUGUCGACAACAGCCUUACAGCGUCCAGAUCAUACAGCUCGUCGAGGGGCCUCCACCGCCCCGACAGGCCGUCACUGAUGAUAGCUAUACCUCUUCAUCAUCAUCCUAUGCAUCCACCUCCGACUCCGAGGGCUCCUCGCUCUGCGACGACGGCGAUGAAGAGUCAAUAGGAUCAUCUUACUGUUCAUCGGAUGACUAUCAGGAGGGCGCAUCCAGCCGCGAACUGAGCGAGCCUGGACACGAACGGAACGGGGGCCCAGGUGCUAUGCGGAUGAAGCGAAUCCUUGCCUGGAGAGCAAACUUUUCGACGAAUUAUCGCACGGCGAUGGCUGAUUCUUCUCUUUCUUCACCGCUCAAGCGGAAAUCUGAUUCCGCUUUGUAUAACAAUGAGCAUACAUUGCCGCAUACAUCUAAGCGGUCUCGUUCUUCAUCUCGCAGUGAGAUGAGUACCAGCGCCAUCUCGUGCGCCGCAUGCGAUUCUUUUUUCGACACUCAACAGAGUCUACGGCGGCACGGGCAAGCCAAGGGAGCUAGCGAAGCAUGCUCGGUCGCCGUCCAAUACGCAUUUGAAUAAAUCUCUCACCACCCAUCGCAUUCACAACCAGCAUCAUUAUCAUCUGCAACCUGUACAACCAUCCACCUUGUUUUCUUGAUUUCAGCCUCCGACGGCUGCCGUUUCCGAUCCUUCGCAUAUUUUCGACCGACCGCAAUUUUACCAAUUUACCAUUUUCCCCGAUAACUUUUUGUCUCACACACUACCCUUACCUCGCCGCAUCAUGCACCCACGAUCGUAAAUAUUCUUAUCUUCGACGACCCCGUCGCCGCGCAUCACCGUAAUGAUUCUCCUUGUAUUAUAAUCGAACCGUCACACGUGUAUUCCCACCAUC